GGGCAGCUUCCGGCGGGAGCUUUUCGCAACAUCAAUAGAAAAAAUAAGCCACUGGCCGGCGGCAUUCGCUCCACUCAUCAGGGCUGACUGGAUAUGGUUCUUGCCAACAAUUGCACAUCCCUUGACAAACUUUCUAUUCAGAUCUAUAGCAAUGGACGUACCUAUAUGACCACCCUCUUGCUUUGAGAGCCCACCUGUUUUGUUUCGACGCUUGGACGAUCUCGAAUGAUGUGACUUUCAAUCCGAGGCGGAAGCGAUCCUUGGAUGCGAAGGUCUCUUUGCUCGGAGCUACUCGUAGUAAAAUUGCUAGCCAACCAUGUCUCUAAGUGGGCCUCAAGUCGACAUGGACGACAGCUCAUCCGGAAACAAUCCUUCCGUCGAGGUCAUACACCGGCCACAUUGUUCACCGGGAAAGAGAACAUGUAGACUUUCUGUACUGGGCUGCACGUACGAGGGCACGCAGCAUGAUCUCGAGGGCCACGAAACGUUGGAAAGCCACAUGAACUUCAUCCUCACUUACACCGAGAAGGCCAAUGGCUCCAUGGAGACUCUCCGGCAAGCGCUCACCGAAAGCACGCAGCAAAACCUGGAAUUGCAGAGCAGCUUGAAUGCCAUAAAGGAGCAGAUGACAAAUAUGCUCAGAGAGCAACACAUUCUUCAAGAACAAGUCCGCCUACUCGCGUCACGGGUUCACGAUAGUCAGCUAGAGUGUCGAAGGAGCUCGGAAAACAUGGACGUUCGGCUGGAGGAGAUGCUGUCGCGGUCCUGGUCGCAAGGCAAAUUCGUGUGGUACAUCAAGCCCUAUAGUGUCCUGCGGAGGCAGCAGGAAAACGGCGAGAUUGCACGCGUUGUCAGCGCGCCCUUCUAUACGGCCGCCCCAGGCUACAAGCUGCGCCUGAUGGCCGACCUGAACGGCUACGGCGAAGGCCGCGGAAGCCACCUGUCUCUCUUCCUGCAGGUAAUGCAAGGAAAGUUUGACUGCGUGCUCGACUGGCCAUGCAAGUACGAGCACGUGCUUCGCGUGGUGGAUCAGACGGGUCGCGGCCUGCACGUGGACCGGCAGCAGUCGUUCCGCAGCAUCCCCUCCAGGAGCAAGCAUCUGAUGGGGCGGCCCGUCACCGAGUGCAACGUGCCCAUUGGCUUCCACACCAUGGCGCCACUAUCCGAGCUGCACAACGAGCGCUCCGGUUUCCUCCGCAACGACACUCUCGUCAUCGUCUACCGCUGCAGGAUAUGACUGCUGCCCCCCAGCGCCACAACGCCGGCGCAUUUCACCGCACUUCGUCGAAGACGCUCUGCAAGCAGGGCAUUCCCCCGUGUCCUCUGGUGACACAAAGGACCGCUUAUCUAAUGGACGAUAAUCCUCGCAAGGAACCAGACGCUUGCAAGUUGUCCGCGAAACGUGUCACUCCCGUCAGAUGUGCUGAUUCCCUUCGAAAUGAUUGCGGGCGUAUGCAUUAGAGACUUAAGGUUCACAAGGAGGCACCUCGCCUGUUACAGUGCUACUGUUGCAAAGGCCAACCAACACUCUCGUCUGCCUUGUCCUUCCUUACGUAGUCCUUGCUUCUUCUGCAUUUGUGGCUACAUAUUACAGCGGUGCGAUGCGAAAAGUGCUGUCCUGUUGUUGAAGCGAGUAGCUCGCACUGUAGGCAUAAAUUAAAACGCGAACAAAUUGUAAUUAUUUGAAGCGAGUACAGGUGUUCGCUCGUGCAUGUUAUAUUAGCGACGUUGAUGCUGUGAUAUCGAGCUUGGAAGCGGCGGUCGGUGUGUAGUCAGAUUAUAAGUUAAACCCCUUCACCAGAGUGGUUCCUUUAGCCGGUAUGAAUUGAAGCUAGCUAUGCUCGUGUUCGCUCUUCAACAACAAUUAUUUUGACGGUGGUGGUACCGUUAAUUUUAACGAUACGCUGAAUUUUCAAAAAAUCGCGCUGUCAAAAUGCAUUUCACGCUGUGUUUUAAUUCAUGCCGGCGAUGUACUGUAGCAUGUAACUAAGAAUAGAAAGAAAGCACAGACUAUAACGUUGCCAGUCAUAAACUUUCGCAAAUUUAUUACUACAUGCCAGGCGUUGUACGGUCGUCAUCCAAGAGUCCUGUGAAUGCCGACACCUCCAACCACCGUUUCUCACAAGAACAUAUCAGCGUAGUACUCAGGUGUAGGUAUUGCGCUGCGGCUCAAAUCAUAAUCGGACACAUUAAGGGUAGAGUACCGGGUGAGAGAUCCACAAAGCUUCUAGGGCCGAAUUCAAAUGUUUUUUUUUUCUGUUUUUCGUGUGCUGUUUGCUUCUGGCCGUUCUAUUUCGAUAAUGAUGUCCUGCAAGAAGUCGUGUGCGUGGUUAUAUCGUGCAUGUUAAUCAUGUAUGCCCGCGUCCUGCAGGGACCACAUUGUGGUCUGCAGUAUGUACUAAAUAAAUUUAAGAAAG